AUGCGCAAGUACCUUCUCUUCCUUGCGACUCUGACCUCGCCGGUUCGAGUCGUCUCGCACGGCUGGUCGAUCAUUGACAUCAACCGAAACCAGAGCGAGGUAGUGAAGCGCGAUGUGUGCAUUGUGGGCGGGGGCGCAAGCGGAGCUCACGCCGCUGUAUCACUCAUGGACUUGAACAAGACCGUGAUAGUCAUCGAGCGGGAAGCCCAACUUGGAGGUGCCACACAGACCUACAUAGACCCGAAGACUGGAAAGACUGCGGACAUCGGCGUAGUAGUCUACCAACCUCUUACAGUCGUUGAAGAAUUCUUCGCCAAAUUCCAGAUCCCUCUCAUCAACACUUCGACUGUCGACGUCAACGCGGCCGGUGCACCACCCAGAUCAUCUUUGCCCGCUCCAUUGUACAACACCUUUCGGGAAUAUGCAGAUUUUCGUAAUGGUUCAUCUGUAACUCCGACUGAGUACCCUGAUGCGGCGGAGGCCUUGCAACGCAUGGCUGCGGCAAUGUCACAAUAUCCGUACAUAUUGGACGGCUACGAUCUUCCCGAUCCAGUUCCAGAGGAUCUGUACUUAUCUUACGGUGCGUGGAUAGAUAAGGAACGGCCCGCCAUCUACGUCAUGAGAUAUUUCAAUUUGGGGGACAUCCAGGCUCUGACCCAGGGCUACCUCACGUCAGCCAGGGGAAACAACUCGGAGCUCUAUUCAAGAGCAGCCGAGUUCUUAGGUCUAUCAAACAUACUGUACGAGUCCACAGUCAUCUCUAGCCAGCGUCAAAACACAACAUCAGGCCGUCCCGAGCUCCUCGUCUCCAGCCCCGAUGAAGUCGGUCUUCGCCUUCUUUCAUGCGGUCAGAUCCUCCUCACUAUCCCACCCACCCUUUACAAUCUCGCUGGUUGGGAUCUUACCCCAGACGAGCAUGCUGUCUCCGCGCAGUACCAUACGGCCACUGGCUACUGGACAGGGCUGGUGCGCGGCAUCGGCAUGAAUCAGACUAUCAGCAUUGACAAUUCAGCCGCUACUACCCCGUACAACAUCCCGGUGCUGCCAGCACUAUAUCAAGUCGCUCCAGUGGGCACGCUGGAUGAUUUUUGGUGGAUCAAGCUCGGGGCAGACAUACCGACGCUGACCGACGGACAAGUGCGAGCGUAUGCGACGCGUGAGAUUCAGAGAGUGCAAAAGGCUCAAGGCUCUGCUGUUACGGAGCCCGAGUGGGUUGUUCUCAAGUCGCAUUCGCCGUUUCAUCUUCAGGUCCCGCCGGAGGUGAUCCGGAAUGGGUUCUUUGCGAACCUCACAGCGUUGCAAGGAGGGUUGAAUGGUAUUAUGUCUUAUAGUGGCGCGGCGUUCCACACACAUUACAGCUCUUUAUUGUGGCGGUAUAACAAAGAUGUGGUGAUUCCGAAAAUGCUUUAUUGA